AUGCCCAAGGAGCGGCCGCUCUGGCGGGGCCCGGCCUUCCGCCUCUGUCUGCUCUCGGCCGCGCUCUUCCUCUGCCUCCAGCUGGGCAUGAGGCGGUCCUGGUGCCCGGAGGAGAAGCCCCGGGCGCCGGCGGCAGUGGCGGAGCGGGCGCCCCCCCCGGCCCGCGGCACGGAGCAGCAGCCGGGCGCGGUGGCGGCGGGCAGGCGGCGGGUCACCUACGUGCGGAGCGGCCGGCGGGGGAGCGCCGCGCCCGGCUGCUGCUCCCUGCAGCCCCCGGGCGGCCGCCGCAGGAAGACUGUAAGAUGGCACAUUGAACUACAGCCGUGGGCAAGUCCAACUCCUUCCCUCAACUAUGAGGCCUUGAGGUUCCUGAAGUACAUUAGCACUUCUCAGAUUUCAUGUGAACACAUGAACCUGAACAUCCUGAGAGGGUACUCUGAAACCCCAAAGAAGCCCUGGUCAAUCUGUCUUGACGAGAGGUUUAGCCUCAUUCAUCGAAUCAGAAGCAAGCAAUGCCGUCUUUAUUCCCUUGGGCUGGGCAAUGAUGACAACCGGUUUGAGAUCAGCAUGGCCAACAGCGGGUGUGAGGUGCAUCGCUUUGACCCCAGCAUCAAGUCAGCACACAUUCAGGAGGGCCGGCACCUCUGGUAUCAUCGCCUGUCCAUUGACUGGAGGGAUCCCAAUCCAGCCAUUGCUGCGCAUAAACUUCACAGCAACACGAAGAAGCUGGGCACAAUAUUGAAUGAAUUUGGUCAUCAGAAGAUUGAUGUCCUCAAGGCAGAUGUGGAGAGCGCCGAGUGGAAAAUUUUGGAAAACCUGAUCCUGGAAGAUGUCGUUGAGCAGAUAGGACAGCUGGUCUUUGAGGUGCACAUCCACUGGCCUGGGUUUGAGGUCAGUGGCAAUGACAGCACCGUGGUGCGGUACUGGUACAGUCUGCUCCGAGAACUGGAGCUGAAGGACUUCAAGCUUUUCCAUACCUACAAAGACUUAUCAAAACCACAGAUGUUUCUGAAAAAGGAAGCCUUCAACGCCAGUAGCUGUUACACACUGAGCUGGGUAAAUACAAGAUGGAAAUAGCAGAAAGGAAUUUAUGAUGUGUGACUGCAAGCCAUCUGGCCCCGUAGCGUUAUUGAAGAGGACUUUGGCAUCACUGGCUAAAGUUGCUAAAUAUGCACACAGUGACUGCUAACAAAAUGGACUGGCUUUUAUUUUUAUGUGUUGUCAAAAGAACUGGCACUAGGAGAAGAUACAUGUUGCAGAUUUGUAUAGCAAUACAUUUGCC